AUGCCUUCUACAGCAAACGUUCUCUGCCCUACCCAAGAUCGAUUUAAAUGCUACUCAACAUUGCUCACGCCUAUAUGGAAGCCAAUAACCCCUGCCAACCAAAUACCUAUGAACAUUUACAGAGAGCAUGUCAACAAUAAAUUCCAUCUUCGGUUAAGAGACUCCCACGACCUCCAUAAAUGGAGUGUGACAGACCCUCAAGCUUUCUGGAUUGAUCUUUGGGAUUUCAUCGGCUUGAUUCCUACCUUGCCUCCUGGGAUAGAGCGCGCUUACAAUCCAGCUAUUUCCAUUUCGGAAGUACCCCCGUUCUUCGAAGGAGCUACGAUUAACUACGCGGAGAACGUAUUGAUCCAACCGCUUAUCGACAGCGGGUGCCCCGCCCUAAUCGGGUUAAGAGAGGGUCAACAUCUCGAUGGCGAGGUCUGGACAUGGUCAGUUCUUAGGGUCAAUGUGCGCAGAGCUAGGAGUGCUCUGUUUAGAAGUGGCAUUAGGAGGGGUGAUAGGAUUGCUGCUCUUAUAUCUACGUCAGUCUGGUCAAUUGCUUUACUCCUUGCCUCUGCAAGCAUCGGGGCCAUUUUCAUUUCGAUCGCUCCGGAUCUUGGACUUGAGGGAUGCAUUUCUCGGUUGCAACAAGUACAACCAUCUAUAUUGUUUGCUGAUAGCCACUGCACUUACAAAGGCCAUCAGCGAUCAAAUACCACCAAGAUUUCUGAAAUCCUAAAAAUACUCAAACCAAAUCCAGAGCUAUUCGUUAUACCUACAGGAGCUGCGGAGACUUUCCCGCCCCUCUCAGACUUCCUUGAAAGGUCGAAUGACACAGACGGCCUAGAGUUCGCUAGGCUCCCUUUCACAUCACCUCUAUACAUUUUAUACUCCAGUGGAACAUCUGGUCCGCCGAAAUGCCUUGUCCACAGCCACGGCGCAAUAAUACAACACAAAAAGAUUGGAAAGCUUCACAACUCACUCAAGCCGGGCGAAGUUGUCUUUCAAUAUUCAAGCACAUCCUGGGUCCUCUGGAACAUUAUGGUUGGCCACUUAGCCAUGGGGACUACCCUCGUCUUAUAUGAUGGAUCCCCCACCUGGCCAGAGCCUCAAAGCAUGCUGAGCAUCGUCGAAAAGUUCAAGGUGAACUACUGGGGUGCCUCUCCAAAAUAUCUCAAAGAGCUAGAAUCAACAGGUUGUACGCCAAUGACAGAAUACGACCUUUCGAGUCUCCGAAUGGUCCAAACUGGAGGAUCCCAUCUGGCGUCAGAUCAGUAUCGCUGGUUCUAUAAGGUGUUCCCCUUAAAAGUGCAUCUUACAAGCGUGACUGGAGGAACUGACUUGGUGACCUCCUGGUGUGGGACGGACCCUGCUGGGCCACUUUUCCCGGGAGAAAUCCAAAUGCCCAUUCUCGGACACGAUGUGGAUAUAGCAGAUCCGGUUGAUGGCCAUUCCAUCAAGGACACUGGCGAAGCAGGAGAGUUUGUGUGCCGAAAGCCGUUCCCCUCGAUGCCCGUCUACCUGUGGGGAGACUCACAAGGCGAGAAGUACCGAGCAUCGUAUUUCAAUCGAUACUCGUUCCCGUGUUGGGCGCAGCAUGAUUGGGCAAGUGUAAAUCCUGUCACGAAGGGGUGGAUAGUACACGGAAGAAGCGACGGGGUGCUUAACCCCCAAGGCAUACGAUUCGGCUCCGCAGAAAUCUAUUCCAUCACAGAAGCUGCACCGUUCUUGACCACGAUUACCGCCUCGCUGUGUGUUGGCCGGAAGAGGCAAGGGCUUGACUUUGACGAGUCUGUCUUCCUCUUUGUCGUCAUGCGUCCCGGACACCCUUUCACCGACGAUUUGGAAAAGCUACUGAAAGACACUAUCCGCCAGUCCCUAAGUCCAAGGCAUGUUCCACGCUUUGUGGUCGAAGUGAGGGAAAUUCCGAUGACAUUAAAUGGGAAGAAAGUCGAGACGCUUGUCAAAGAGGUGAUUUCAACAGGGAAGUUGCCACAGACGGCCAGCCCUACCGUGAUAAAUCCAGGUUGCCUGGAGACCUUCAGGCGUUUCUACCAUCUCGAGCCGGGAAGUUUUCGCCCAGUUGCUCUGGGAGAGAACCGAACCCAAGCCGCGGUACAUCAGCAUGUGGGACUGUGGGAAAGCCCAGAUAUCGAGGUAGUAUCAGAAAAUUUUGGACAGAGACCGCAGAGAGAAGCCAUAGAGUCCCCUGAAUAUGUGACAGCUACAGAAACCCAUGUGGGCCGAAGCGACUAUAUUGGGAAUAACGACAUCAGAUUCCGCGAGGAAAUGGUACAAGUUCGGAGUGUUACUUCUCGGUUGUCUCAGAGAGACUUGGAGCUGCUUCAACUACAAAAUGCGUUCGAGUUGCCGCAAAGAUCGAUCCUGUCAAGUCUCAUCGAUAGCUACUUCAAGUACUGCUCGCCAUGGACACCUAUCCUGGAACCCGCAGAUGUGGAAGCACUUUUGAGCAACAGAUCGUCUCCUUUAUUGCUCAAUGCCGUACUCCUGGCCGGCAGCCGUGUUGCAUCAAGCAAUGUUCUCUCGGCUUCGGCUGAGGAUUUCUAUCGCAAAAGCAGGUUGCUGUUCAUCUUGGGCCAUGAGAGAGACGCGAUUAGCUCCAUAAUCGCAGUCACACUGCUCCAGUGGUAUAAUCCCACAGGUCCCGAGCACAUCUCUACUAGUACAAGCGGGUUCUGGAUUCGGAUUGCGGUUGGAUUGGCGUACCAAAUUGGGUUACACAAGGACUCUGUUGCGCAAAAAAACAAGAGCCUCCGACGUAGGCUAUGGUGGUCAAUUGUGUGUCGCGAUGACGUUAUUUCUAUAGGAACAGGGAGACCAAGGACGGUUAAUCUUGACGACAGUGACGUUGUUCCUCUUACAGCCGAUGACUUCCCAGUCCAAAAUACCAAAUCGCGGUUAUUCAUCGCUUUCUCUGGCAUCAUUCGCCUCCUAGCAGACUUAACAGAAAAUAUCCGGCGGAAGACUAUGACUGUGAAAACACAGACCUAUUUGGAAAAUGCGCUUUAUCGCUGGAUCAAAGAUUUGCCAACAGAAUUCCAUCUCUUUCAUGGGUCGCCGAGACAGUUAAGGACCUAUAAUCUCGAGGGAAGACAACUCCUGGUCCCCUAUUUUGUGCUUCUGUUUAUCUUGUCUCGACAUUCAACUGCACGGAAGCAAUCCAUAAGUAUGUCGUUCGUUGCAUCCUCUUUCGUGGCAGGAAUAUUCGAAGAUCUCCUGAACAGGGAUGAGCUCUGUCAUUGUGGACCGGUGUUCACAUUUUACGCAUUUGCAGCUGGCCUCGCGCAAAUGCUGGCAUUGCGGUACAAUUCUCUCGUUGAGACUGCUGAAGAGUCGCUGUCUAUCAUUCAAUCAUCUUUGACGAACUUGAAGAAGAGGUGGGGCUCAGCAGAGGGUGCGUUGGCUGUGUUAGCCGAGAUGAAGAGGCUCACGUUACAGAGCCCGAGUCUCGGUGAUGCACCUGACCGAGAUUUUGCAAAGUUUGCGCCAUACGUUGAGGAUUUUGGUCCAGAGCUAUGCAAACAGUACCAGCUUCUAGAAGGGGAAAGCCAUAUUGAGGAGGCCCUCUCCGUACAACCGUCAGUGCAUUCAAGAUCUGCUGGCGUGACACAUUGUCGGAAAAGCUCAGUUAAUAUCCUUGGCCACACUCAAUCAUCUCCCCUUCCAGACCUUCGUGCUGAGGACGCCAACUCUCCACUUACGAGUCAGUACAAUCCCUUUUUUGGUGACCUGGGCCCUUUUGGAAGCUGGAUAGACGACUUGGAGUUAGGCCUGAUGAAUUGA